ACCUUGCUAAUCGGAGUUGCGAAUUAUGGGCAUCCCCUACCUGGAUUUAGCGGAUUAGGAUUAACCUCGUGUGGUGUAUCUCAAGCACCAUUACUCGGGAGACAAAGGCGGCCUCGCGUCGUUCUGUCUGGAUGAUCCCCGAGCACCCAUGAAGGCCAGAACCGCCUUCAUAGGUGCUCGCUAACGGCACUUUCCCCAACAGCCUGUGUAGGCUCCACGGGGGUUCUUUGUCUUUUUCCAACGAGCGCGUGUGUGGGUACACGCGUAGUGACGUGGUCUGCAGGGUGUCGAUCGACACCCUGGAAGCCCUUGCAAGCGGAAUGGAAGAUUUUAAUGAAAUAAAAAUGUUUUGUGAGUGUAAGCCGGAGAAAGCCCCAGCCCCUGUAAGCGAGGGGGUGACACCUCAGAGACUCCGUUAGACAGAGGGGAGGGGGGGAUGAAGAUGAUUGUGAUGAUUACUCUGCGUGUUCACCCGGAAAAUGCUCGCCGAGUCUCAAGGCUUUCUUUCAGGAGGGUCCCGCUGCUGCGUGAUACCAUUUGAGUGAUUAUGCAGGUGAGGAGAGUGAGCGUGCGGGCUAUGCCUGCCACGAGCGAGGUGCUGUCGCCCCCCUGCUCCACCUCAAUGGCAAUCGACCUCGCCCACGGCUACAGCUCGGGGCUCACCUCAUCGCUCCUCCAGGUGACGGACGACGAGGUGGACGAGGCGGUGAAGGAGGAGGUGGUGGUGGAGAAGGCGACGACGGCGCUGUUGUUGAAGAACGGCGGUGGUGGUGGUGGCGGCGGUGGUGGGCAUCUACCAAACACUCCACCGCUGUGGAACCCGGCGCACGGCCUCCUGCACCUGGGGUCACGUGCCCUGCAGGGAGCUCAGGGCAUCACCGACAUGGAUGGCAGGCAACAGCAGGAACAUCAUAAUCAGCAACAGCAGCAGCCGCAGCAUAAUCAGCAGUCGUCUCCGCAUCAGCAGCAGCAGCAGCAACAGGAGGAGGAGGACGAGCAAGAUCGGCAACAGAACCAUCGCUAUAAGAACCAUCUUCAUCAUCAGCAGCAGCAGCGUCAUCAGCAUCACGAGCAUCAUCAAGAGCAGCAUCACGAUCACCAUCACGAUCACCAUCACGAUCACCAUCACGAGCAUAAUCACGAGCAGCAGGAGGACGGGGGCUCGUCCGGGCACUACGGCAACCAGCGGCGCAAGCGCGAGUUCAUCCCCGACGAGAAGAAGGACGCCUCCUACUGGGACAAGCGGCGCAAGAACAACGAGGCGGCCAAGCGCUCGCGCGAGAAGCGCCGCUACAACGACCUGGUGCUGGAGACGCGCGUGCUGGCGCUGCUCGACGAGAACGCGCGGCUCAAGACCGAGCUGCUGGCGCUGAAGCUGCGCUACGGCCUGGUGCGCGACCCGAUGCUGGCGCCCGGCGGCGGGGACGGCGCCCUGGGUGGGGGGGCGACGGGCGGAGCUGCCGCCGCGGGAGCUGCGGGCGCCGCGCUCAUUUUCCCGUCGCCCGUUCACGGCAUUUUUUCGGCGGCGGCGGCGCCGUUGCACCACCACCGCCACCUUCAUCAUCAGCAGCAUCAGCAGCAUCAGCAGCAUCAUCAGCAUCAUCAGCAUCAUCAGCAGCACCAGCUGCUUCAUCCGACGCAGAUGAGCGCCGUGGAUGCGGCGUUGCCUCUCGGGCUGUCCGUUGGCACCGCCACGUUUGUGCGCAACGCCCUUCAGCAGAACAGCGCGCGCCUUCAUCACCAUCAUCAGCAGCAGCAGCAGCACCAUCAGCAGCAGCAGCACCAUCAACAGCUACACCACCAGUUGUCUCGCUCUCCAUCCAUCGAGACGUUCGGGUCAUCUGCGUCAUCAUCUCCCACAGCGUGGCCUAAAUCGCACCGCGGUGGCAGUGGCGGUGGACACGACGCUCCGGCGUUUCUUCUGCCGGCACCCAGCCCGGCCCCAUCUCCCGGCGCCUCCGUCUCGUCGCCAGAAUCCAACGCCGGCGCCAUCUGCGCCACCACUGCCACCACCGCCGCUGUAAAAAACCUCCCGCACAAGCUGCGCUUCAAGGUGGCCAGCAGCCCCGAGGAGAGCCACUCUCAGCCGAUCGCUCGCCUUCAUCAUCCCCAUCAGCAGCAGCAUGGCAGGGAUGAGACGAUGGAAGAGAGGCGCGAGCAGAUGAGAAGUAAGUUGGAUGACAGUGUUGGUGAUGAGCGAGGAGGGGAAGAGGUGAGGGCGGUGAGGAGGGCCGCCCUCUACGCCGAAGCGCUGUCGCUGGUGAGCGGCCUGCGGGGCCCCCUGGGACCGGGGUUGGGAUCCCGGUGCCCCGGUGGGUUGGGGGGCCUGGGAGGAUUGGGGGGCCCCGGGGGGGCGGGCGGGGGUGAAGACACUGGGUUGAGGAGUGAGCUGGCCACCCUCUCAGCUGACAUCGCUCAGCUCAAGAUGCUAUUUGCCCAGAGCGGCUCCCGAUGACAAUGAUGACGAUGGUGAUGAUGGUGACGAUGGUGACGAUGGUGACGAUGGUGAUGAUGGCGAUGAUGUUGAUGGAGCCGCCCUCCUAUUUGCUGGGGAGUCUCGGGCCACUCUUGACACCGCAGCUCAUCUCAGCACAUGUGAAAGGGCACCGCCAGUAGGAGCUGUCCUUGUCUGCCACAAGGUGACUCAGCACCCGUCCGCCUGUGAGUGGGCGUGAGUGGGUGGGUGAGUGGGUGAGUGAGUGGGUGAGUGGGUGAGUGGAUAGGUGAGUGGAUGAGUGAGCGAGUGGGCGAGUGGGUGAGCGGGUGACUGAGUGGGUGGCAGGCUUGCCACCUUUUUCACUGCACACCAAAACCCAGUCCCAUUUCUCAGUCAGCACGGAGUCGGUGAUAACUGUGCUGAUGUGGACUCGGCAGUGGAAAUGCAAAUAUAGCAGUGCCGGAACGAACCCUAUUCAUUAAGGUUCAUGUUCACCAGGGUUCCUAUUCGCUAAGGUUCCUAUUCGCAAGGUUCAAGUGUGUUUUGUUGAAGCGGGUGGGACCUCAGGAGGGCAGGAUGAGUUUCGAUUGCAAGAAUGGCCUGGGUCACGACAAUGGCAGGAGUGAGAACGUAACGAAGUACGGCAAGCGAGCAAACAGCCACCAGAGCAGAAACAAACAAAUAUAAAUCAGAGAAAAAACUAUUUUGCACUAUAAAUGACGUUGAAAACGGUGGACAAGUACACAGACACUCACACGGACACUCACACGGACACUCACACGGACACUCACGCGGGCACUCACUGCCACUUCCCCUCUGUUGAAGAAUCGCAGUGGGGAGGAACGGAGACGUUGUGAGAAGUGCCGGCGUGGCGUUACCGGCGUGGCGUUACCGGUGUGUGCCGGCACUUCUCCACCGCCACGUGUACGGCGAUAAAGUUCAGCACAGUUCGACCGCUACCAGAGCUCGGUUCCAAUCAAUCUGGUGGACAUCUGUGAAAAAUAGAUUUAUAGCUCAUCGGAUACCUCCACUAUAAAUAAAUAUUCUGAUUCUGAAUUCCUGCUGCCACUCACAGACGCCAAUUCCCAGAAUCUCUGGGUUAUCACCGCAGUCCCUAAGCCUGUGCAGCGGUGUUUCUGCAGAGCAGUGAGCGAGCGAGUGAAUGAGCCCGGUGACCCGAGUUUGAUUCUCGCUCACGACCAAUAACAGUGGCGGAUCUAUGAACCGACUUUGGGCUUCCCCGAGGUCGACUCUGCCUUAAAUGAAUAGCCGAUUCUGUGUGUAAACGUCAGCAUUUGGGAAACAAAGACGGGUGGGCGUCGUGGUUUUUGUGUUCACCGGUUUGCGUUGAUUCUGGAAUGCGGCUGUCCAUAUCUCACCUCUGUGCGGUUCUUCUUGCGCUGAUGUCGACUUGUCAAUGGGCGUAGUUUGUCAUUCGGACUGGUGGCUCUGCUUCCCGCAGGACCACCGAAAGAAAGAUGAGGAAUCGGAACACAACGUCGCUGGAAUGUAAAACACAAUAGAGUGCGUUGAGAAUGCGUGUACAGUUGGUGUAAAUCUAUUUUAGUGUCGCUCGUUAAACAGCAUUAAUCCUCGUGCCGUGUAUACAAAGCAAUGAUGCACAUUUUAUAUAUUGCCAAAGAAUCUUCUUACCAAUGUUACAAAUAAAUAUGCAAUAAGUUUCACAUUGACAUUGAUGUGGCUCAGCCUCGUCGAUAUAAAUAAUAAUAAGUCGUAGCCACUGGCGCCAUCGUCAUCAUAGACAACCAUCAUCAAUCCACUCUUGGAUGAAGGCCUCCCCACAAAAUAACAAGCUGUUUGACCAUACUUCACCACGCCGGUCUGUGUGUGGAUUGGUGAAUGGUGGCGUCAGGAGGCGGGGGUGCAGACGCAGCUGGGACGCAACUCACCACUGGCAUUGGCCGUUGUGAGCGGAGUGUGCAAACCACUGCGCCACCACUCCCACCCGCCUCACCUUUCGGGCCGGAAUGCACACUUAACGUGGAAUCGUUUUGUAUGAACGAAUGCAAAUGGGCCAUCAUCCAGCAGUGGACUGACCACGGCUGAUGGUGAAGUGCGUGUAGAACGUGGUGAACGGGCGGAAGGAAUGGUGUUAUUAUUAUACUAUUCAAGUGGAUUUGUUUUUCUGCUUCUUACUGCAAACUGUGGCAUCAGCUGAAAUCAGCCGAUCGCUCUUUGCUGCAAGCCGAUCGGCGUGUGGUCGUGGCAGUGGUCGUAGUUUUAUACCGAAGGCAUUUUCAAAUGGGUACGGGAACAAUUCACGUGUUUUUUAUGAAUUUGUAUUUAUUAAAAUCCUAUAGUUUCCACAGCUUAUUUUUUGUAACUAAACGGGUAUUUUACAAGGACUUAAGCUUUAACUCCACUGGCAAGGCCAUGCUAUUCCCUGUUUUGUAUCUGUCA